GGCCGGGGCUGGCGCCAAUUCGAAGAGCGGGUCCGGGCGCCAGCCAGCUCCGGCCAGUCCCGCCGCGUCCCGCCAUGCCCGAGCAGCAGCGCCCGGCGUCCCCGCCGCACGGGGAGCUGCAGUACCUGGGGCAGGUCGAGCACGUCCUGCAGCGCGGCCACCGGAAGGAGGAUCGGACCGGGACCGGCACCAUCUCCGCGUUCGGACUGCAGGCGCGGUACAGCCUGAGAGAUCAGUUUCCUUUGCUGACGACAAAACGAGUGUUCUGGAAGGGAGUGCUGGAAGAGCUGCUAUGGUUUAUCAAGGGUUCAACAAAUGCUAAAGAGCUCUCUGCAAAAGGAGUGAAGAUUUGGGAUGCCAAUGGAUCACGUGAAUUCUUGGAUAAACAAGGUUUCACUGACAGAACAGAAGGGGAUUUGGGACCAGUGUAUGGUUUCCAGUGGAGACACUUUGGAGCUGAAUACAAAGAUAUGAAUACAGAUUACUCAGGCCAAGGAGUGGACCAGCUGCAGAAUGUAAUCGACACAAUCAAAAACAAUCCAGAUGACAGAAGAAUCAUCAUGUGUGCUUGGAAUCCCAAAGAUAUUUCACUAAUGGCUUUGCCUCCUUGCCAUGCUCUGUGCCAGUUUUAUGUUCUAAAGGGUGAACUGUCUUGCCAGUUGUAUCAGAGAUCUGGAGACAUGGGACUGGGGGUGCCUUUCAAUAUCGCCAGCUAUUCACUGCUCACAUAUAUGAUUGCCCAUGUCACAGGUCUGAAGCCUGGUGAAUUCAUACACACACUAGGAGAUGCUCAUAUAUAUCUGAAUCAUGUUGAACCUUUGAAAAUUCAACUUCAGAGGGAACCACGACCUUUCCCAAAACUCAAAAUUCUUCGUAAAAUUGAAAAUAUCAGUGACUUCAAAGUAGAUGACUUUCAGAUUGAAGACUAUAACCCACAUCCAGCUAUUAAAAUGGAGAUGGCUGUUUAAUGCACUUAACUUUUUAAACAUGAUAGGAGUCUGUUUCAUAAGUAUGUUACCUUCUCUGUACUUAAGCUCAAUGCGAUGCUCUUCAAUGUUGCUAAAACAGUUAAAUAACUUUGAAAGGGGUCCUGCUCUAGACCACGGACUGUUCAGAAGCAGGUUAACAGUUCUUUAAUGAGAAAUGUAUGUUAGGUUGCCUUCCUGCAGGUGUCAUUGAACCAAAUCUUGGUGUAAAAGAAAAAAUUAGCACUGUUUACUGUCGGUCUUUGAGUUCAGAGAUCUCUGUUGGAAGGUGACUCUGGGCUGUAUAUUUCUACAAAUCAUUCAGGAAUUGGCUGGAGCCCCCCUUAAGUUGUUAUGGGGUUUAAGUUAAUAUUUCAAGCUUUUCCUUGUUCUGCACUGUAGCCUGAGCAGUGAGAAGUGUUUAGUCUUGUUCUGUAUUAGUUACUUACCCUUAUGUAUUAGUAAGUAUUUAAACAAAACACUUGUUAUAGCAGGAUUUUUUUAAUCUUGAAAAGUGGUGAUAAGAACGUUUAAUAAACUUGUAUAAAUAUUUUUAAUAGUGUUUGGAAAGUGUGUUGUAUCUUUUUAAGGUCUAGUACUGAAUUUGUGCUUGUAACACUAGUAUCAAGUAAAGUAAGGUAAAUUUCAGAGGAUUUUGAGAUUUCAAAGGUUUAGCAUUGUUCAAUUUCAGAACAAAAAUCAAAACAUUAACUCUCCUAAUUGGACUGGGGGCUGUGGAAGUUCUGACUCACAGGCAGGGUACCUGGUGGAUUACAUAAAGCUGGGGACUGCAGGGUCCCAAAUGCUGUGCUCCCCCUUGGCAGGCUGUUAAGGUGGUGGGCAGGUGAGCAAAUUGUCAAGAAGCCAGACAGGCUUCCCACAGAAGUUUGUUGGACACAGAUUUCAAUUUUGAUGAAUUGGCAAAUGUCUAGUCACAAGUCUUGAUACAAAUAAAGCAUAACACCUAGCU